AUGUCUGUAAUUAGGCAUUAUUUGCUGCAAGAGAUGAAAAUCUUGGAGGCCAAUGUUUCUGCACUUACAAAUUUUGAGGUCCUUGAUUUUAUACGAGGUAAAGGAGCUUCAAAAGAUCCAACACGGGUUAUUGCCAAAGUAGCAAUGACCGAAUACAAGGUUUAUGGUUAUUUAGUUAAUACUGCAGCUGGUAGUCAAACAAGAGAGAGCGUCAACGAAUAUUUGACAAGCAUUAAACGGCAUGAGCUGUCAGAGGCCGAGGUUUUGAAUGUAUUAAACAUCAGACCAGCUGCUGAAGUUGAAUUAUUUCAUAUCAUAAAGGAUUGUACAGUCCGUUUUCCAGAUGAAGAGAUAGCUGAAAUAGUAGAACUGGUAGGAAAAACAUUGCCAGCACAACCUAACAAAAAGACAUCAAAAGAAUCCGAGGGUGAAGAAGAAACAGAAACACAUGGACAUGAAAAAGGUAAUGAGAUUAGUCAAGAUCAAACAGAAGAUGGAGAGGAAAUGGACACAAGUUGA